GGCACUGAGAAGUGGCUGUGAAACAUGAGUGAUUCUAAGGAAAUGGGGAAGAAGCAGCUUGGUCCUCUGGGUGAGACUGGGUUGGUGCUCUGGAGCUUGGGGAAGGGGCACAAAUAGGGCAAUGCUUGUCUCGGACUACCCUAUAUAUGACUGACUCUCUAUUCACUUAGAUGAAGAACUGAUGAUAUCCAGCCACAGCAGGUACUCAAUCAAAGGCUUUGGCUUCCAACCAAAUUCUGGAUUCAGUAGCUUCACAGGGUGCCUGGUCCACAGCCAUGUCCCCUUGGCACUGCAGGUGCUCUUCCUCACUGUAUUCUCUGUGCUGCUGGUUGUCAUCCUUGUCAAAGUCUACAAGAUACCCAGUUCUCAAGGUCAGGAGGAGUCCACUCAGAAGAAUGUCUACCAGGAACUGACCCACUUGAAGGCUGGGGUAGAUCGCCUGUGCCGCUCCUGCCCCUGGGACUGGACAUCCUUCCAAGGAAGCUGCUACUUUUUCUCUGUGGCCCAGAAGUCCUGGAAUGAUUCUGCCACUGCCUGCCACAAUGUGGGGGCUCAACUUGUGGUCAUCAAGAGUGAUGAAGAGCAGAACUUUCUACAACAAACUUCUAAGAAGAGAGGCUACACAUGGAUGGGGCUCAUUGAUAUGAACAAGGAAUCUACAUGGUACUGGGUAGAUGGUACACCUCUGACCCUCAGUUUCAUGAGGUAUUGGAAUAAAGGGGAACCUAACAACCUGGGGGAGGAAGACUGCGCAGAGUUCAGAGAUAAUGGCUGGAAUGACACCAAAUGUAGCAACAAGAAAUUUUGGAUCUGCAAAAAGCCUGCAACUUCCUGCCCUAGCAAGUGAUGGGCAACUCCCUCCAUUACCCCCACACUCCCAAAACCCUGCCACACGGCAGAACUUCACCCAUACCUAUGCCACUUUAUUCUACUUUUCUGUGGCCAUUGAUACCUGGACAAGAUCUGUGAGACUUUUCUCUGCCUCCCUCCCAGCCUUGAGCUGGCUGAGCAAGUCUCAGACACUGGAGCCAGGCAUCUGGGCUGGCUUCAUUUACAUCUUCCUUCCAAAGACUUGAGACCUGAGAACUGAGAACUGCCCGCCUGCUGAACUGCUGAAGAGCUUGUUUUGCAACACAAUCCAGCUGAGACAAGGCAACAGAAUCCAGCCAGAACAAAGGAUGGCCUCCUGGACUUUCCCCCUAUAAAUAAGAGGUUAAAUAAAAAUUAUUGAGCCUUGAUUAGA